AUGACAACAACUACUACUACUAUAACAAAUACUACUAAUACUACUACUACUACUACUUCUACUAUAACUACUACUACUACUACCACUACUACUACUACUAAUACUACUAACAUCAUUACUACUACUACUACUACUGCUAUUACUACUACUACUACCACUACUUCUAAUACUACUACUACUACUAAUACUACUACGAAUAUUACUACUAAUUCUAGGACUAAUGCUACUACUACUACUACUAAUAAUUAUAAAAAUAAUACGAAUACUUAUACUACUACUACUAUAACUGCUAAUACUACUACAAAUAAUACAACUACUACUACUACUACUAACGUACAUACUGCAAUUACCACUGCUACUACUACUACUACAAAUACUACUACCAAUAUUACUACUACUACUACUGCUAAUAUUGCUACUUUUACCACUACUACUAAUAAUAAUUAUAAUAAUAAUACUACUAAUACUACUACUACUAGUACUACUAUAACUAAUAAUUCUACUACUAAUAAUACAACUACUACUACUACUAAUUUAGGUACUGCAACUAGUACUAAUUCUACUACUACUACUCUUAUUACUAUAACUACUACUAAUAAUACUACUGCUACUACUACUACUACCACUACCAACACUACUGCUACUAUCACUACUACUACUAUACCUACUACUAUUACUACUAAUAAUAAUACCACUACUACUAUUAAUACUACUACUACUAAUACUACCACUACUACCACUACUAUAACUAAUAGUAUAACUACUACUACUACUGCUACUAAUAUAACUACUACUACUACUACAAAUACUACUAACAACACUGCUAAUACUACUAAUACUACUACUACUAAUAUUAUAACUGCUACUAAUAUUACUACUACUACUACUACCACUGCUUCCAUUAUAAAUACUACUACUACUAUUAAUAUAACUACUACUACUACUACUACUAUAGCUACUACUACUACCACUACUACUACUACUAC